UCGACGGAAACCUGGACGUUCGUCUCCUCACAUUUCGUGGCACGGGGAUCGGGAACCGUGCGGUCAAGUCGCCGUUUGGUAGGCAGGAACCCCCGACGAUUAGGAAAGGAGGAGCGAAUUUCACGAGCCGUGCGGACGGACUCGUUCGGAUAUAAAAGCAGCGCGGGACACGGCUGCAACCACGCAUUCGCUCUUCCAGCUGCCAACUGCACUACACUGGAAACAUGAGGACUGUGCUCGUUGCUCUCUUCGUGUCCGGCCUGGCCGCCGUCUGCCUGGCCGGCGGCUUCAAGGGUGGCUACGGCGGCGGCUUCGGAGGCGGCUUCGGUGGAGGUUACGGCGGUGGCCACGGCUAUGCCAGGUCCCUCCCCGGGCCAUCGUUCCUCGUCAAAUCGGUUCACCACGUGAGCGGAUUGAGCCGGGGAGGAAAUCUGGUGGGCGCGCAUCUCGGAGGCUUCGGCGGGGGAGGCUUCGGCGGGGGAGGCUUCGGCGGGGGAGGGCUCGGGGGCUACGGACUGGGUCUCAAGGGCUGA